GGGAUGGGCGAGAAUUAACCGGACUUAUCAUGAAUGAACCGAUUAAUUUAACCAAAUAUAGAAGAACCAAGGAUGAAAGUCAUGGUCGGAGCGUGGAUAGUGGUAAUGCUAUAAUAUGGUAA